GAGCUAUCGCAGUGACGCCAGCGGGGAGGGAAAUUCUGUCCGGCGGGCAGCGAAGCCGGGAACUCCUGGUUGCGUCGACGGAGGGCGCUAGGCGAGGAAGAUGCUGCUGGUGCUGUCGGAGGAGCACAAGGAACAUCUGGGCUUCCUUCCCCAAGUGGAGAGCUCAGUUGUCAAUGAAUUUGGUCGUAUUGCUAUAGAGUUCUUAAGAAAAGGCACAAACCCCAAAGUCUACGAAGGAGCAGCAAGAAAACUUAAUGUUAGUAGUGAGACAAUUCAGCAUGGAGUAGAAGGAUUAACAUAUCUUCUCACUGAGAGCUCAAAACUCAUGAUAUCUGAGAUAGAUUUUCAAGACUCAAUACUUGUAUUAGGAUUUCCUGAAGAAUUGAAUGUCUUAUUACUUCAGCUGUAUCUUGACAACAGGAAGGAGAUCAGGAAUAUUCUGAGUGAACUAGCACCAAAGCUUCCUAGUUAUCAUAAUCUUGAAUGGAGACUAGAUGUACAGCUUGCCAGCAGAAGUCUGAGGCAGCAAAUUAAGCCAGCUGUAACUCUGAAGCUACACCUUAAUGAGAACGAAAAUCAAACGACAAAAGUACUACAAACUGAUCCUGCCACGUUGCUCCACCUAAUUCAACAACUGGAGCAAGCAUUGGGGGAAAUGAAAACAAAUCGUUGCAGACGAAUAGUCCACAACAUCAAAUAGUGUUUUCGUUACAGCAAAUCUGUAUCAUUAUAGGAAGCAGCGCUUCACCCAGUUCAUCUGGACCAGUCAGGGCGCUAUUCCAAGAUCAUAAAACAAUGCUUACUGGUUGAAGUUGAUUGGGUGCUGGGUUGAUAAUGCUGUCAGACGCAAGUUAGAAUAACUCUCAUAAACUUUAAUCAGAAAAAUAGCUGAAUAUGUGAGCUUUUUCUAUUUUAUGUAUAACAUACAACAAUGUUUAUCGACCAAACUUUUUCUUUUUCUUUUUCCAACCUUUAAGAAUAAAGGAAUGCAUAUAUUAACAUUUUACAGUAUAUGUCUUUAGACUUCAGACUUGUUUCUUACAGUUACUGUCUUAUUCAGGGCAAAUUACUGCUCAGUGAAAUAGAGUUUUGUCAUACCUUAACUGCUAACUGAUGUUAUUGUGAAAAAGGCAAUUACAACCAUGCAUGCUAAAAAUUAUUUCAUUAAAACAAGGAAGAAUGUUUGGUUCACACAAGA